CUUCCACAAGACUUCUAUAAAUGAAGAUGUUCCGGUUCAGUUUGAAAAUCCUCCUUUGCUGCAAAUUUCAUUACUACUCUAAAAAUUUCAUUCAAUCUUAGUCAGUUCUUCAAUACUCCUUCCAACGUUUCUUCAUCAUUAGCUAGCUAUGGAUAUGUUCUGCAAAUCUGUUCGCGAAACCAAUACUUCCUCUCCUUUUGAUUGCCUUCUCUUCGAUCUUGAUGAUACUUUGUAUUCCUCCAAUACUGGAAUUGGUGCCGCUUUGAAGACAGACAUUGAUGAUUUUCUCGUAGAAAAGUUUGGAUAUUCAAGUGAUAAAGCAUCAAGUGUUCGAAUCGAACUUUUCAAAACUUACGGAAGUACACUUGCCGGUCUUAGAGCUUUGGGACAUGAUAUUGAUGCAGAUGAUUAUCACAGUUACGUACACGGAAAGUUGCCUUAUGAGCUGAUCAAACCAGAUAUUCAAUUACGUGAUCUUAUUCGAAGCAUUCCUCAAAGAAAACUCAUUUUUACAAACUCAGAUAGAAAUCACGCGGUAAAAGUAUUAGAGAAGUUGGGAUUAGAAGGUUGUUUCGAACAAAUUAUAUGUUUCGAAUCAAUUAAUCCAGACCUAACCAAAUCAAAUGAUCCUAGAGCAUAUCCUGUUUGUUUGAAACCAUCGAUUGAUGCUAUGAAAAUUGCGAUCGACAUUGCAAACGUUGACCCCCGUCGCACGCUGUUUCUGGACGAUAACGUUCAUAAUAUCGCUUCUGGCAAAUCUCUUGGCCUUCACACUGUUCUGGUGGGAAAGGCGAUGAAAACAAAAGAAGCUGAUUAUGCAGUGGAAAACAUUGUGAAUCUCAAGCGAAUGGUUCCACAGAUAUGGCUCAAGACUACCGCUGCUCCUUCAAGUGUACGUGACAGUGGAGAUAAAAGGAUGUCACGUACCAGGUCCAGAUGUGACAUUGAAGCUACCAUCUCUAACGCGACAGCUGUCGGGGCUUAAUAAUAAUAAUGUAAUAACGGUUGUUGUUGGGUCAUUUUUCUAUGUACAUAUUUUCAUGUGUCUUGUUCAUAUGUACAUUUUCCGUUUCUAAAUAAUCAAUCACUUGUAAUAUUUGCUUAACUUUUAGGAAAAUAAAAACAAGUUGUAUUUUUAUCUGGUAAAAGAUUUGACAGGUUUCCUAUUCA